CUUUCCCGUCCACGAUUAGGCAGUGCAAUGUAAUGCCGACUCACUGACUGUCACCAUGCGAAAUCUGAGGACAAUAGCAUAUCGUGAGUCCCGGCUACCGGAUGGUCUGCCGUUAACAGCCACAGCAUGGGACACCUCGAUGAAUGCAAUAAUUUGUGCAUUUGGCCCAACUCCUACGCAGCCCAUUAUCGAACUGAAAAGAAGAGUUGAGACCUCGUCCGGUCAAGGCGAGUUCGUGACCAUCACUUCAUGGGACUCGCCAUGCCCGCUCCCACACCUAGAAUGUGAUGAAAUUCUGCUGCUUCAAUAUUUCCCAGACACUGCAACAUCUUGCAUUGUCUUGGCCGGCGGAGAUGUUGUGGUUGUGCGCGACGAUCCGAGUCCGGAACAAGAAAAGAUCGAAAUUGUCGGCACCGUCGACGUCGGAAUCUGUGCUGCCGCUUGGGCCCCAGAUGAAGAACUACUAGCCAUUGUCACCUGUGCAGACACGCUCGUACUGAUGAGCAGGACUUUCGAACCGCUCAAUGAAGGUACUCUAUCUCCAGAAGAUCUCAAAGUUUCCAAACAUGUCUCGGUUGGCUGGGGCCACAAGGAGACUCAGUUUCAAGGCCGACGCGCAAAAGCUAUGCGAGAUCCUACAGUGCCAGAAAAGGUUGAUGAGGGCAGAUUGAGCCGUUUCGAGGAUAACAAAGUUACGGUCAGUUGGCGAGGAGACGGGCAAUACCUUGCCAUAAGCAGCGUGGUGCCUGGUCAACGCCGAGUCAUCCGGGUUUUCACGCGUGAGGCUGCCCUGGACAGUGCUAGUGAGCCGGUCGACGGUUUGGAGUCUGCCUUGAGCUGGAAGCCCUCAGGGAAUCUCAUUGCUAGUGCCAGGCGAGCUGAGAACAAGUUGGAGGUCGUCUUCUUCGAGAGAAAUGGUCUCCGUCAUGGCCAGUUUGAUCUUAGAACGACUAAAGAAGAAAUGGAUGAGUGGGCGUCUAGCAUUUCCCUUUUCUGGAACACAGACUCUACAGUCCUGGCCGUCGCCUUCAAGGAUAGGGUGCAAUUUUGGACGAUGGGGAAUUAUCACUACUAUCUGAAGCAAGAAGUCCUGUUUCAUUCAUCGCCCUCCAACUGGCCACUGAGGUGGCAUCCCGAAGCACCUCUGAGAGCGUCCUUGGGUAACACCAAAAAGCUCUUGGACCUCACCUUCCUUUCUGCGGUGUCAGCAGGUAGCAUAGUCCCUCCACACGACUAUGGCAUCGUCGCUGUCGUCGAUGGCAGAACACUGAAACUCACACCCUUCAAGCAAGCCGGUGUGCCGCCACCAAUGGCUUUCUGCGAGGCCGUUUUCGACCACAAUAUCAUUGACUGCGCCGUCGGUCAAGAUGGCCGAAGAGUUGCAGUCCUAACGACAGGAACGGUGGAACUGUGUGAAUGGAAGACUCGUGCAAACGGUAAAGGCGACCUGGUAUUUACGACGACAGUCGAGCGGCGUGCCCAUCAACUUCCGACAUUUCAGACAGGACCGGAGCCUCUCCACUAUACUCAGAUCGCCUUCAGGAACGACGAGAUAUUUCUCAUCGCGCCAAUGCAAGCAACGAGGGCAGCGUCUUGUUGGAAGUCAAUGUGGCACGAGGGUUCGAGCAUAUCUUGGGAACAAGUUCUUGUGCCUGAACGUUCUGAGAGCCUGAUGACCGACGUGUUCUCUGAGUCUCUCUUCGCGACCGAUCCGACUGAGAAUGCAACAGUCCAGCUCUCAGACUAUACGGGAUCGAGGGGUCUGGAAUCCAUCAAACUAAGUGGUAGUCAGCCCAACAGCUCCGUCUUAACGCUUCGCUACACGGGAUAUGAUCAGAGCAACGGUGAGACGAACGGCCACGCCCCAAACUACCAUAAAGUCUCUUUAUCGCUCAAGGGAAACCUGUACGUCAACGACAUGCUUCUUAUCCGCGAAGUCACGUCCUACAUGUUGACCUGCACACACCUUAUCUUCACAACAUCCUCACAUCUCUUAAAAUUCGUCCAUCUUACCCAUCCCUCAGCCAUGCAACUACCCAAAGACACGCCAGAGAUCGACGAACGCUGCAGAAACAUCGAAAGAGGCGCACGCAUCGUGACGGUUGUCCCAUCCAUCUACGCCGUUGUUCUCCAGAUGCCACGCGGGAACCUCGAGACGAUCUACCCUCGCCUGCUAGUUCUUUCUGGAAUCCGCAAGCACCUUAAACAACAGGACUAUCUUGCUGCUUUUCUGGCUUGUCAAACCCACCAGGUCGAUAUGAACAUCCUACACGACUAUGACCCAGACACAUUCCUGUCCAACGUGCCCAAAUUCAUCGAUCAACUUAGAAAACCCAGCCGCGUAGAUGGCUUUCUCUCGAAGCUCAAGGACGAGGAUGUCACGCAGACGCUCUACCGGGACACAACAUUGCAGUCCCAACCUGAGCCUGAGCCACCCUCUGCCUCCAAUCUAAAACCACCCAACGUUGUUCCGGGGAGCAAAAUCAACAAGAUUGCCGACGCGUUCCUCUCCAGCCUGGCUUCGAAAUCUUCGUCUUACUUGCAAACCAUCAUAACAGCCCAUGUGUGCAAGCGUCCUCCGGAUUUAUUCUCUGCCCUGACGCUGGUCUCGACCCUUCUCCAAACUUCCAAAGAAGAGGCGGACACUGCAAUCUCUCACCUCUUCUUCCUCACGCCCAACCCAUCCCUCCUGUUCGACGCUGCUCUCUCGCUCUACAAUCUCGGCUUGGCACUUCUCGUCGCGCAGAAUGACAGUUCGAGAGAUCCAAGAGAAUACAUGCCCUACCUGCAAUCUCUCCAGGAUAUGCCGGAACUGAAGCGGAAGUAUGCAAUUGACGACCACCUCAAGAAACACAGCAAAGCACUGGGUUCGUUACAUGCGAUGGGAGAGCACGAGCAAGCUGCUUCCUACACGGUCAAACAUUCCCUGUACACCACGGCAAUGGAGCUUUACAAGUAUGAUCAAGUUCAUCUCACGGAAAUAACCCGCAUGUACGCUGAAUAUCUGACGGCUCAAAAAUCUCAGCACGCGCAAGCUGCUACACUGUACGAGUCCCUGGGCGAUUACGAUGCUGCGUACAAGCUGUAUGCACUGGCACACAAGUGGCAAGAGGCAUUGGCCUGCGCUACCCUCGUUCCUUUGGCGGCUACGCAACUCAAAUCGCUCGCUCAGAGCCUGGCAACAACGCUGACGGAUGAAAAUCGCGAUUUCCGAGCAGCGGCGACGAUCCACGUUGACUAUCUUUCCAGCAUUCCCGAGGCAGCAAAGCUUCUGUGCCGGGGAUCUUAUUUUGCGGAAGCAAUGCGCAUUCUCGCCCACGACAACCACCCCAUCUCAGAGAUCCACCAGAUCAUAGACGCAGGGCUGGGCGAGAAAGUUGGCGAGAUCCUCGAACUUCUCGCAGACUGUCGCGCGCAACUGAACGCACAGGUCCCGCGCAUCGUCGAGCUCCGGAAGAAGAAGGAGGAGGAUCCGUUGGCUUUCUUUGGCGGUGAUCCCACCAGCGCUGCGGACGGCGCGGCAGGAGACAUCCCGGACAACGUUUCCCUCGCACCCACGGACGCCAGCACCUUGGGUGGCCAGAGCCUCUUCACCCGCUACGGCAGCAACGCUAGCAAGUUUGGUGGCACAGUGGCUUCCAACGUGUCCAGGAAGACGUCAAAGACGAAACGUCGCGAAGAACGCAAGCGUGCCCGCGGCAAAAAGGGGUCGGUGUACGAGGAGGAAUACCUCGUUGCCAGUGUGGGGAGACUGAUCGACCGCGUCAAUGGUCUCCAUGACGAAGUUGGUCGCCUUCUCGCGGGUCUCUUCAGACGGGGGAUGCGAGAGCAAGCGAGACAAGUCGACGAAAACAUGAAGGAAAUCUGCCAGGCCUGCGAAAGAGCCAGAGAGGACGUCUGGGAGGUGGCCAAAAAGGGUGAAAUGGAGGGCCAGGUUGAAGAGAGUACGUACGAUAGAGACGGGCAAGGAAGACCUCCUGGAGCAGAAGGUGUGUUCUGGGAUAGCCAGCAGGAAAGUCAGAGAAAAAGAGAGGCGCCCGAAGUGAAGGGUUGGAUUUCCAGGGAGCCCGUGGCUUCAUGAAACCAAGCGCCGUG